AUGGCCGAUACACUAGACUCCCGGCUUAAAUUAUCGCGGCAGGUGGAGGCUAUUCGUUCUGGACGAGACAAGGCGUACGAGCAAGCCGACCAUCGCACCGUUUUCCACGAGCUUUUCAAUAGCAAGCUCCCCGCAGAAGAGCUAAGACGAGAUCGAAUGCGUGAUGAAGCCUUCACCCUCAUAAACGCCGGUUCAGGUACCGUGGCCACGGUCUUGCGAUGCACAGUCUACCAUGUAGCUGCCAAUGAGCCAAUCCGGAUGAGACUUUACGACGAGCUCAGCGCAGCAAUACUUGAUCCUACAGAAGCACUUAAUCUUCUAACACUCGAGCACCUUCCUUACCUCUCCGCGGUAGUUAACGAAGGGCUACGUCUUUGCUGUCCUGUUACCCAUCGAAUCUCGCGCCAAUUCCCCGAUCGGACGUUCAUAUAUAACGGUUAUAAGAUCCCCGCUGGGUCUACUGUUUCCUUGACAUUACCGCUCUUAAUGACGGAUAAAGCGAUCUUCCCAUCGCCGCUAGAAUUCCGCCCUGAGCGAUGGAUGGAUGAGGGGAAGCGCUUGGAGAAAUACCUCAUCCCUUUCAAUCGAGGACCGAGGAUGUGUCUAGGGUCUAACCUUGCUCGAGCUGAGCUUUUCCUUAUUCUCGGGGCAGUCUUUCGGCACUUUAACUUUGACGUUUCCUCUGUAAUUCGCGAGAGGGAUAUUGAUCUCAGCCGUGACUUUUUACUAGGCGCCACCGCGAAAGACUCUAGGGGGAUAUCCGUCAAGGUUCUGAACUGUUAA